CAGGACAUCCUGCUACCCUUCUACCCUUCUACACCGGCGCAGCACUAUGGCGCUUUUACAACACAAAGCCCUCGCUGACUAUGCGAAGCAGCUGGAAGCGUUUCAGUCCUUCCUAGAAAAGUUCGAGACCUCAAAAACUUCCUCAGACGCUGCCGCCGAAGCCAUUGACGGCCUCCACCUCGAUGGCGAUCACACCAGUGAUGAGUACGACUUCAUGGACGAUGUCGCAGACGGAGAUGACACCAAUGCAAGGCGACGACCGAAGAGAAAAUAUAUGGAUAUGCUACAAGAAGUCGCGGAUCGAGAGCGGCAGAAUAUCUUGAUAGAUCUCGAUGAUCUGCAGCAGUUCGAAGACUCUCUGCCGGCCGAUCUGAAUUUGAGACUAGUCGAGUCGGUUACCAACAACACAAAACACUAUGUUGACCUCUUCUCAGACGCCGUGGACAAGGUGCUGCCGAAAGAAAGCAAAGACAUCUCAUUCAAGGACGAUGUGUUGGACAUCAUAAUGGCACAACGAGCAAAACGAAAUGAGACGGUUGCCGCGGCCAACGAAGCAGAUUCGGACGCCGCUCUCCCUGUAUCAACAUUCCCUCCCGAGUUGACAAGAAGAUAUACCUUGAAUUUCAAGCCAAUCACUUCCACAGGCUCCGACAAGGCGAAAAAGACACUUGCUGUACGACAGGUCCGAGGAGAACAUUUGGGCCACCUCAUCACAGUGCGCGGCAUCACCACAAGAGUUUCGGACGUCAAGCCCAGCAUCCGGAUACAAGCAUAUACGUGCGACCGCUGUGGCUGCGAAAUCUUCCAACCUAUCACCUCCAAGAACUUCACACCUUUACAACUUUGCCCGUCUGAAGAAUGCAAGGCCAACGAUUCCAAGGGUCAAUUAUUCCCUUCCACCAGAGCAUCCAAGUUUUUGCCUUUCCAGGAAGUCAAGAUUCAGGAGAUGGCAGACCAGGUUCCAGUCGGCCAUAUUCCGAGAACAUUGACCAUUCAUUGCAAUGGCAGCCUCGCACGACAAUUGAACCCAGGCGAUGUCGUUGACAUUGACGGCAUAUUCCUGCCAACUCCAUACACCGGUUUCCGCGCCAUUCGUGCCGGUCUGCUGACAGACACAUACUUGGAAGCACAGAACAUCACACAGCACAAGAAGGCUUACCAGGACCUGACAAUGGACCCUCGGGUUAUCCGACGAAUCGAGUCUUUCAAGGCUACCGGGCACAUGUACGAGUACCUAGCUCGAUCGAUCGCGCCCGAAAUCUAUGGCCAUCUGGACGUCAAGAAAGCCCUGCUUCUCCUGCUUAUCGGAGGUGUAACCAAAACAAUGGGCGAUGGCAUGCGUAUCCGUGGAGACAUCAACAUCUGCUUGAUGGGUGAUCCUGGUGUGGCUAAAUCGCAGCUGCUCAAAUACAUCACCAAAGUUGCUCCUCGCGGCAUCUACACAACCGGUCGGGGAUCGAGCGGUGUCGGUUUGACAGCUGCCGUGAUGCGAGAUCCUGUGACAGACGAAAUGGUGCUGGAAGGCGGUGCUCUCGUCCUCGCAGAUAAUGGAAUAUGCUGUAUCGACGAGUUCGACAAAAUGGACGACGGUGACCGAACAGCCAUCCACGAAGUCAUGGAACAACAGACCAUUUCCAUCAGCAAAGCUGGCAUAAGCACGACUCUAAAUGCGCGAACUUCGAUCCUGGCAGCUGCGAACCCGCUUUAUGGCCGGUACAACCCUCGCAUUUCACCUGUGGACAACAUCAACUUGCCUGCCGCCUUGCUCUCGCGUUUCGACGUGCUCUUUUUGAUUCUCGACACACCUUCGCGCGAAGCCGACGAAGAACUCGCCAACCACGUCUGCCAUGUCCACAUGCACAACGCGCAUCCCGAGCGCGAGGGUGAAGGCGUAGUCUUCUCUCCCAACGAAGUGCGCCAGUACAUCGCGCAGGCCCGUACUUUUCGGCCAAACGUCCCGAAAUCCGUGUCAGAAUACAUGGUCGGCGCGUACGUGCGGAUGCGUCAGCAACAGAAGCGCGACGAGGGCUCGAAAAAGCAAUUCACGCACACGUCGCCACGUACGCUGCUCGGUGUGCUCCGUCUCUCACAGGCUCUUGCUCGACUGAGAUUCAGCAACGAAGUGGUCAACGAAGACGUCGACGAAGCGCUGCGGUUGACUGAAGUCUCCAAGGCCAGUUUAUACCACGACCAACGCGCCCAGGGAGAUCAAACGGUCAGCUCACGGGUCUACGACCUCAUUCGUGGGAUGAGAGAGUCUGGAGCCGCGAGUGUGGGCCGCGGUGCGAGAGGAGAGUUGAACAUGCGUCGGGUGACGGAGUUGAUCCUUGCAAAAGGUUUCACCCAGGAUCAACUUACCAGGACUGUGGAGGAGUAUGAGCUUCUGGAUGUCUGGCAACUUGCCAACAACGGCUCGAGACUUGUCUGGAUCGAGGCGGGAGAUAGUGAUGAGGAUGACGAGCACAUGGCUGAUGGUGACGAGUCGGAGUAAGAGGUCAUGCAGGAUCGUUUCAUUUUAUAUGUGAAGAUGGAAAUCCGACUCAACAUGGCCCAAGGACAAGCGACGACUUGACGACUGCCUGUUCGACUCGCAGGGUCUACAGCUGCGAUUAUGGCCAUUGUUGGGAGCAUUUCCCCUCAAGCUCGCACUCCGCUGCGCCCGAUGGUGGAUUUACAGCAAUGAUGAGGGCGUUCUAAUAGGCACAAAGAUCGGGAGAGGGAGGAAUACGUCCAUCUUCUGGAUAUGCCCGGCGGUUUUAAAUCUCGCAAGGCGUUUCGAGGCCCGCCGAGGAAGGGCAAGAACGAUGUUAACGUUAGUGCCGAUGUUUGCAAUACUGCUUUCUCGUCCUUUAAAUGUCUUUGGGGUUACCAUUGCAUGAUAGAGCACCAAUGACAUGUUAUACCUGA